AUGGACCAUCAGUUCAAUUUUCCAAAAGAGGAGGAAAAGAUCAUUGAAUUUUGGAGGGAAAUAGAUGCUUUCAAUACUCAAAUACGACUAUCCAAAGAUAGACCACCAUAUUCAUUUUACGACGGCCCUCCGUUUGCCACUGGACUCCCGCAUUAUGGACAUUUACUGGCAGGUACCAUCAAGGAUAUUGUAACUCGUUACGCGACUCAGACUGGUCAUUAUGUUGAACGCCGAUUUGGAUGGGACUGUCACGGGCUUCCUGUUGAGUAUGAAAUUGACAAAAAAUUGAACAUCAAGGGAAAAGAUGAUGUAUUAGCAUUAGGUAUUGACAAAUAUAAUGAAGAUUGUAGAAAUAUUGUAAUGCGAUAUUCAGGAGCAUGGAGAGAAACAGUAGAACGCCUUGGUCGCUGGAUUGAUUUCGACAAUGAUUACAAAACGUUGAAUACAACAUUUAUGGAGAGCGUUUGGUGGGUUUUUAAGCAGUUAUACGAAAAAGAACAGGUAUAUCGAGGAGUGAGGAUUAUGCCUUUCUCGACAGCUUGUACUACACCUCUUUCAAACUUUGAAGCAGCGCAAAAUUACAAGGAUGUAAAUGAUCCUGCAAUUGUAGUUUCAUUUCCUUUGAUUCAUGAUCCAGAAGUGUCGUUACUUGCAUGGACUACGACACCAUGGACAUUACCUAGUAAUUUGGCAUUGUGCACACAUCCUGAUUUUGAGUAUAUUAAAAUUAAGGAUCAAAUAUCUGGAAAUACAUAUAUUUUAUUAGAAAAAUGUUUAAAUAUAUUAUACAAAGACCUUAAGAAAGCAAAAUUUAUCAUAGAACAAAAGCUACUGGGUAAAGAUAUGAAAGGAUGGGAGUAUAUACCUCUAUUUGAAUAUUUUGUUCCUCAGUUCAAAGGUAAAGGAUUUAUUGUCGUCAAUGACACUUAUGUCACUGAUGAUAGCGGUACUGGAAUUGUCCACCAAGCUCCGGCGUUUGGUGAGGAAGAUUACCGCGUAUGCAUUGCAAACAAUAUAAUAACCGAGGAUGGAUUUCUUCCAUGUCCUGUUAAUGAGCAAGGACAUUUUACUAAUGAAGUUUCUGAAUUUGCCGGAAUUCACGUGAAGGAAGCGGACAAGAAUAUCCAGAAAUUUUUGAAACAAAAAAAUCGAUUGAUUAUCCAAUCUCAAAUGAUGCAUAGUUAUCCUUUUUGUUGGCGCUCGGACACCCCUUUAAUUUACAAGGCAGUUCCAUCCUGGUUCGUUCGAGUCAAGCCAAUUAUUGACAAAUUAUUGAAGAACAAUCAAGAAAGUUAUUGGGUUCCCGAAUUUGUUAAAGAAAAGCGAUUUACUAAUUGGGUGAUCAACGCACGUGAUUGGAAUAUUUCGCGUAAUCGAUAUUGGGGUACUCCUAUACCUCUUUGGGCUAGUGAAGACUAUGAAGAGAUUAUUUGUAUAGGUUCUUUGGCGGAAUUAGAGGAACUAUCUGGUUGUGGAAAUUUAACAGAUAUUCAUCGUGAUAAGAUUGAUCACAUCACAAUUCCUUCAAAGAAGGGUAAAGGUGUUCUGAAAAGGGUCGAGGAAGUAUUCGAUUGUUGGUUUGAGUCGGGCAGUAUGCCUUAUGCUCAAUGUCAUUACCCUUUUGAAAACAAAGAAAAGUUUGAAAGUUCCUUUCCCGCGGAUUUCAUUGCCGAAGGAUUGGAUCAGACUCGCGGAUGGUUCUAUACCUUAAUGGUAUUGUCUACACACCUUUUUGACAAGCCAGCAUUUAAGAACUUAAUUGUUAAUGGUUUGGUAUUGGCCUCAGAUGGAAAAAAAAUGAGCAAACGUCUAAAGAAUUAUCCUGAACCGAUGACUAUUAUUAAUGCAUAUGGUGCUGACGCCCUUAGAUUGUAUCUUAUCAAUUCGCCGGUUGUUCGUGCGGAGCCACUGAGGUUCAAAGAAGAAGGCGUUAAAGAAGUUAUAUCAAAGGUUUUCUUGCCUUGGUAUAAUGCAUAUCGUUUUUUCGCGUCUCAAGUGAUUCUUCUCAAGAAGGAAACCGGUAUAGACUUUAAAUAUAACCCUAGCCUAACAAAAUCCUCAAAUGUUAUGGACAGAUGGAUAUUGGCUUGUACUCAGAGCCUUAUUAAAUUUGUGCGUGGCGAAAUGGAAGCAUACCGACUUUAUACUGUUGUUCCAAGAUUGUUAGAUCUUAUAGAACAAUUGACCAAUUGGUAUGUCAGAUUUAACCGUAAGCGUUUGAAAGGUGAAAAUGGCCCAGAAGACACAGUGUGUGCUUUGAACACUCUUUUUGAGGUCCUUUAUACCCUAUGCCGUGCUAUGGCCUCAUUUACGCCCUUCCUUACUGAGCAUAUAUACCAAAACCUGAAAAAGUUUAUUCCCUCAUUUGAUUCUACUGAGGAUGUUCGUUCUGUUCAUUUUUUAUAUUUUCCGGAGGUAAAAGAAGAAUAUUUCGAUUCAGAAAUUGAACGUAGUAUGUCAAGGAUGCAGGCAGUCAUCGAUUUGGAACUUGUCGUUUUACAUUCUAACUCACAAUACCAUUCGGACAUUCUUUCUCUUCAAAAUUAUAUUAUUGAGGAACUUAAUAUUAAAAAUCUCAUAGUCACAGCCGAAGAAGAUAAUUAUGGAAUCAAAUAUCGAGCGGAGGCUGACUGGAAAAUUUUGGGUCAAAAACUUAAGAAAGAUCUUGUAAAGGUUAAGAAGGCGUUGCCAACAUUGUCAUCGGAUCAAGUUAAAGAAUUCCUUAGUACGAAAGAAAUGUUAAUCGACAGCAUUAAGGUGGUCGAAGAAGAUCUUCAGGUGAUCAGAUAUCACGAGAAGGUCGAUAGUCAUUACGAAACACACACAGACAAAGAUGUCUUUAUACUUUUGGAUGUUAAAGUUUAUCAAGAAUUACAAGAUGAAGGGUUGGCACGCGAAGUUGUGAACCGUGCUGGAUUACAGGCCACGGAUCCUGUCUUGACGUAUUAUUCAUUUAUUAAAGAUGUAAAUAAUCAAAUUGAGAGAGUACUUCAGACACAGUCGGAUGUUAUUGUAAAAAUUCUGAAACGCUCAUUAUUACCGAUUUCCGAAAAAGCAGAAAGUGGCGAGAUUAUUAUUGAAGAAGAACAAGAG